ACUUCUCCGAAGACAUUCUAAUAAAUUUGUGAUAAAAUAAUAGUUUUUGAUGAUGAAGUCAGCUGUGAUUCUUGGUUGUUUGUUCUUAGUUGGCAUUGAAGCUGUAGCUUACGAUUGGAAGACGCCGGAGGGAUGUUCAUGUAGUUGCCCUGCUUCAUAUAACGGACCAUAUCCUCCUCCAUCUUCGUUUAACAAUCAACGUGAACCUUGGUUAACUGGUUAUAACAACUUCAAUCCAUACAACUCAGAUCCGUAUUUCCAAUAUGAUCGUGCUGCUGUAGGAGUUUAUCCAUAUCAAAGUAAUCGUUAUGACCUUCAUGGAUGGAACAGAAAUCAUCAAUUUCAGAAUCGUCAAGGAGCUUGGAACAAAAAUUACGCUUCUUAUCCCGGAUUUGUUGGAGUUAAUGAUUUAAGAGCAGCAGUUGCUGUGAAAAAUGAUGAAAAGUCAAUGAAUGAAGCUUCAACAACUCCUGCUUAUAGUUACUAUGAGGAAAAAGUUCAAGAUGAACAAGCUAAACCUGCUGAAGUUGCUCGAGUUGAUGAAUAUUCAGUAGAUGUGAAUCCUGUAGGAGAUUCAGGAUUGACAUCUCCUGUACAAGAAACUGUCGAAGAGCAAAAAAGUUCAACUCAUGAUUCAGGUUCAAAUCAUGAUUCAAAUUCAAAUCAUGAUUCAAAUUCAAAUCAUGAUUCAAAUUCAAAUCAUGAUAAUGUUCAAGAUUCACAAAACUAUGGGCAAAGUACAGAAACCUCUCAUAACUUACGAUUAUGAAGCUUCUCGUCAAGAAAGAGAAUCAGAAGAUACCAAAGAUGGCGAAGUUUCAUCACGUUUUGGAGGUCAAGGAGGUUCAGGAGUAGGUUCAAGUGUUGGAGGCGGAUCUUCAUUUGGUUUGAACUUCGGAAGCGGAUUCUCAUCAGGAGUUGGAGCUCAUUCAGGAUCGUCUGUAGGUUCAGGUUCAAGUUUUGGAUCUUCAGGAUCUCAUUCUGGAGGAUCUCGUGAUCAUCAUGGAUCUUCAGGAUCUUCUUUUGGAUCUCAUGAUCGUCAUAAUUCAGGAUCAAAUUUCGGAUCUGAGAAUCACGGAAGUUCAUCAUCAUCAGGAAGAGGCUUUUACUCCGGAAGUCACAAAGAUCACUCUCAUGAUCAUCACGAUUCCUCCUUUUCCAAUAAAGGAUCAAAUUUUGGUUCUUCCGGAAGUCGAUCUCAUUCUGAAGGAUCUUCUUUCGGAUCACGCGAUCGUCAAGAUUCAAGUUUCUCCUCAGGAAGUUCGAGUUCAGCAGGCGCCGGAACAGGUUUCGGAAGCAAUCUCGGUUUUGGCGGGAAUUUUGGUUUUGGCGCGGGAAGUCAAGGGGGCGCUGGAGUCGGCGGACAUGCAAAAGGCCAUUAA